AUGUUUAGAGAAACAUCAUUCUCUAACUAUUUUGAAUAAAAUAAUUAUUCAACAGUGUUAUUAUUAUUACAUGAAGCCAGAUUUAUAUCAUACUAAAAGCGUAAUGCGCUGAUGUAACUUAAAAAAACUAAAUAGAUGCAUUAAAAUAUUGUAAGGGAAUCAAAUAUUUACUUCAGAGACUAAAUCUAAUGAAAACUUGAAUCCAAAAUGGAAUUAAUCAUUUCAAUUAAGUAUGAGUGGUAUUGAAAUUAUUGUUAAUGAUUAAAAUAUGGCUAUAGGAUCAUUAUCAUUGGAUUUAAGAGAAUUACAAUAAAACAAUUUAAAUGAAUGGUAUAGCUUUUCAGAUAAAAAAUAAAUUACAGGCACUCUUCGUCUUACUUUUCAAUUCAAUCAAAAUAAUAAAAUACAAAAAUGCUAAGAAUAAUUAUAAUAUCUAUUUUCUCAAUUAGAAGUUAAACUUAAAUAAUAAAGAAUAGCAUCUCCAACUGUUGGAAGUGUACAAUUAAUGUAAUAGUUUCUAACCAAAUAAAAACAUAAUAAUAGUAAUAUCAUUAAUUCAGAAUAUUAAAUUGGAAAUGAAUUUGAAGUUCAUACCAUUAAACAAUAAAUGAAUGAAAUCAAAUAAUUAAUUAAUAAAUUCUAAUAAUUAUAAGCUUAAAAAUCUAGAGUAUAUUAAUAGCAAAGUAUUUAUUUUAUUUUAAAAACACUCUAGAAAUUAUUAGUAAAUAAAAAGAAAUCUCUGAUUUACAAUAAUAAAUUGCAUAAACUAAAGAAUCAGUCUAAAGUUAGAUGGCAUUAUUAAAAAUUAUUAAUGAAGAAGGUAAUUAUGGAAUAACCAAAAAACAAUUGAUUUUAUAAAAAUACAAAAAGAAACAAUAGGUUUUGAUAUCUUUAAAGUAAAAACUGAAUGAACAUAAAUUUGAUAAAAGAUAAUCCUCUUUAGUUGUCUAGGCUUAUAAAUAUGAAGGAAGACCAAGACAAAACAAUAGUGAAUUUUAAGUUAAAUGA